AUGGUCGCGGUCGUAUACAGUACACUCCCGCAAGACACCACAGACACUACACCAAGUCAACAUAGGUUGUAUAUCAUCCAGCCAUCGCCGGAUAAUAAUCUUAACGCAAAAAUCAGAUCCACUCGGCAAAAGACAUUUAGCGGCACAAAGUUCGCGCUCCGCUCAUUCGCCAUUCUCACUACGACGAUUCUCUUUUCUAACAUAGGUUGGCUGAAAAGAGAUAGAUCGCGCGCAUGGAAAGGGGAAAUGGCUUCACGUCGGCGUUGUGAGCUUUCGCAACCUUUGGCAUGUUUCUUGGAAAAAGGUUAUUAUUUGCCUUAUCCUGGACUGAGGUUUUCCGCGUUACAGUCUCUAUCAACAAGCCGUUACGAUUGGGCAGUAGUGACCGAGACGUUUCUUACAGGAGCUCCAUUCGAUGAAACGUUCUCUUUCGCCAACCGCGAAAUUGCAGAAUCCGAGAUGCGCGACUUCGCCGAACUUCAAAGCUGGGUGAAGUCCUACGAGCGCAUUGAGAAUGGCGAGUGUUUACGCACUUAUGGCAAUGGAUUUCAGACAACGCGACGCCAUGUAGCCCUGGUUUCGAGUGAAUCCAACAGCAACACCUCUAUAUUGGCAUAUGGAACCACAUACGGAGCCUCGGAGACAACUAACGGCUGGGUUUGCUCAUCUGAUGACUGGUGCAACACCGCGCUUCUAAACCCUGCUACAUGGUCAGUCUACGACCACCCUAUCUCUUACUGCUUGAGCGAGAGGAUACCGGAAGCGUGCUCUGUCAAGUUCAGCUUUGAGAUCAUGAAGAUCCUCAUUGCAUUCAACGCCAUUAAGCUCGUUGUUAUGGUGUAUGUCUUGUGGCGAUUUGACGCCGAGGACCUUAUUGCGACUACUGGUGAUGCUGUUGCAUCGUUUCUAAAGUCUGAAGACCCAACAACCCACCACAUGUGUUUGGCAAACAAGAGAAAUUUACGGGUCUUUUGGAAUUGGCCAAGGACCCCAAAACCGUAUCCGAACAACACCAAGCGAUGGCAUCUAGCCGUAUCCAAGACGCGAUGGCUGGUAUUCAUCAUCUCCUUGGCAGCAUGUAUCGGGCUCGUAACCAUUUUUUUGGUUAUGGGGAUCGUAUACCUACGAGAAAAAAGUCCUGGCAUAUCUUUAACAGGACUCUGGAAAAUGGGAAUCGGUACCAUUAACGCCAACGCUCUUGUCUGGGUUUUAGACGAAGGCUUCAUCAACACGGUCAUAGCGGCAAACGUUCCGCAGCUGUUCCUGGCUGCCCUUUGGAUCCUUCACAACAGCAUCGUAUGCCCGAUGUUUUCAGCUGUGGAUUGGGAUUCCUUCUCCUUUCAUCCAAAGACCUUGAUGGUCGCCUCGCCCGCGGGAAAGCAGAGGGGUACGUGGCUGCUUGGGGCGCCCCUACUGUACGGCGGUCCUUUGGUCAUACUACACAUCCUCACCCACUGGAUUGUCUCGCAGUCUAUCUUCGUGGUGCAAGCGGAAACGUACGACAGAUAUGGUGGUUUGCUCCCGGAUGACACCGUUUCAAACUGUGGAUAUUCACCCAUCGCUAUCAUAUUCACGCUUGUUCUUGGCCUGCUGAUUUUUGCCAUCACCGUGGCUUUAGGGUUGAGGAAGUUUAGCAAAGGCGGUGCUCCUGUUGUUUCGACUUGUACUGCGGCUAUCAGCGCAGCGUGUCAUCCAGGGAUUGCUCUGAACGAAGAGGCAGUGUAUAACGACUUCAUGUGGGCAGAAGUUGGAGCUGGAUGGACUCCGGUCGGACAUUGCUCUUUGAUUUCCGGGGAUAUCUUAAUGUCUUACCCUGGAUAUGCAAGGAAGCCAGUUGAGGGCCGAUUGUACGCUUAG